CCGCCUCAUCACCCAUCUCCAUCCACCACUCCACCAUCACCCUGCACCACCAGCACCCCCACCAUCAUUCCGCGCCAUCCAUCCACCAUCUCCAGCCACCGCCGCAUCUGGCGCGACCCACCAAACUGCCCGUCUGGUGUCCCGCGCGAGCACGCCAUCCACCACUUCCACUCCUCCCUCUCUGUUGUUGCUGCUCCUUCCUCUGCUCUCUGCCUGCUGGUGCUUCUUCCCCUUCCCUUGCCCCAACCUGCUGCUUCUUCUUCUCCACGAACCUGCUGCUCUUCUUCUUCUCUCAACGCUCCUGCUGCUCCUUCUCUUUGCGCCUCCUUGCUGAUGCCCUUCUCUGAACCUGCUGCUGCUACUGCGCCUUGCUGCUCUUCUACUACCCUCGCUGCUGCUUCUUCUCUCAACCUGCUACUGCCCCCUGCUACUCUUCUCUCUGUACUCUUGCUGUUGCGCCUCUAUCCUCUUCUUCCUCAAAUCCUGCUGCUGCUCCUUUCUCCCUAAUUCCCUUCUUCUCCCUUCCUUGCUGCUGUUCCUUUCUGAAGAAAACGACCCUGCUGUUCUUCUAUGAAUCCCCAACUCGCUCCUGCAGUUUCUAUCUCUUUCUCUCUCUGUAAUUCACAGGAGUUAGUACUGUAUAAUAUAGUGAUUUGUUCAAUUUCAGACUUGGUGUUUGUAGUGUUAUAUUGGUGAUCUGUGAGCUGAACCGUGGCAUGUGUCACUCAGUUUGUAUGCUUGAUAAUUAGCUAUAUAUAUCCCCUGUCCAUUUCUUGCUUAAGAACCUUGUUUCAUUGUGUAGUCUCUGUGAUAGCUCCAGUACAUGUGAUUUUUGUGUUGUCUCAAGUACCUGUUAUAUAUAUACAUAUGUGUGUGUCUGUGAUGUGAUACAUUUAUGUUCUGUCCUACAACCUUGUUUCUUCCCCCUGUUAAUUGUUAGAUAUAUAUAUAGAUAUGUUCAUGUCUUUUUAAUUCCUUAGCCGUUUGAUGUUUGCUUGUUUUAGCAUUUUCUUUCUCAAGUAUAACGAAAAUAUCAAAAAGACCGAGUAAAGAUAAUCUUCAUCUCCCUUUGCUUCUGCGUCAUUUCCUUUGUUGAUGAUCUUUGUUAGUGUUAGGUUUAUUUUCUGUUUUCAUCACCCAAUAUUGUGUUACCUAGAUUUAGCCUAGUGUAGUCGCUGAUCGCCUAGUUCCUGAGGAGAACACGACACUUGCAGAUUUGGGCGAAAUAUCCCACUGUACUUUCAAUUGAUCAUUUUGGCGCCGUUGCCGGGGACUAGCGUCGUGCGACCGUGUUAGGCUAUAGACUAGGUUUUUCUUCUUUUUCUAGUUUGUGCCAUAUAUUUGUGAUAUAUCUCUAACUCCUAACCCGUGUUCUAGUUUAUUUCCUCUUUGUUUUCUUUUCCUUUUUGCAGGUUAGAACUAUCUUCUCGGUAAUGGCUUACUAUUCAGAUCAUCAUGCUUAUGCGAGCAACACUACAAACAGCACGGAAAGUAUUCAAGAACUGAUAAGUAAGAUUUCCCAUCGAUUAGAUGAUUUAGCUCGGCAGCGAGAAGUAGUUUUUGAGGAUAGGUCUAGCUCUUAUGAUCCUUAUUCUAGAGGUCAUCCUUAUGUUGCUCCUACAUGCCAUAUUUGUGGAUUUCAGGGCCAUUCACCCGCUGAAUGUCAGCGUGGUUACUCUCACCCUCCCGAUUGUUAUGGCAUGAGCUUCGCCCCACAGCCUAGCUCAUACCAAAACAAUUACUCAUAUGGGUGGCCUGAAAACCAGAAUAUGUCAUAUAGGAACAACAGCCCUGAGAUCUCAUCGUUUGCCUCUAGUUAUCCAUUGCAGGGAAUUAGGUACAAUGAGGAGAGCCACAACCAUGCACCACAACAGUUUUAUUCACCUCCUACUCAUAUACCGCAGCACCAGGAGAUGUGUCCAAUGGAGUUAAAUGGUCCUCCAUUUGGUCAACCAACAACUCCAGCACCUGUUGUGCAAUCUCAUGUGCAAGUGCCCACACAAGAUGAGUUCGAUGACAUAGACAAGCUCACACUUUUGAGUCUCGAGUUCACUUGGAGUGCCGAGGAUGAUCCUAUUAGGAAGGUGAUACUUGAGGAAAUGAAGAAGAUUAAGAGUGGAAAGGAGCUAGUGGAAGAAGUAAGGAAGAUUGAGAAGAACAUCAACGCUGGCAGUACUAUCUCUUCCCUCCUUGAGCUGAGUGUUGCUGGGAUAUACCUUGAGGUGUGUGAGGUUCGAACACCUUCACAUUCAGCUGAGCAAGAUAGCGAGAGUCCAGAGGAAGAGAUACUUCAGAUCCAAGAAGAGAUUCUCGAAGCCAAGGCACAAGAUGAUCCAGAGCUCAACUACCCAAGUGAUCAGGUCGAAGACCUUGAAGAUCCAAUGUAAAUCCUUCCUGAAGAAGUAAAAGAAGCUCCUGUAGUUGAAGAUGAAGAACCAGAAAUCAUUUGCCCAUCGUCAUACAAGAGCGUGAUGUAGCAGGUUUAUCUAAUCCUCUUGAUGACAUGCGUCCAUAUGAUCUGUUUGCUACUACUUUGCAUUGCAUGAUACCAUCAAUUAAGCUAGACUUGAAAAACUGUUUGCUUGGACAUGAUCAUACAUACCCUGUUAUUGGCAUUUCUCUCAUUUAUGAUGACACUUAUUCUCCUUAUGCUAGUCCUAUGCUUUUAAUGAAACAUAUCAUUCCCAUGCUAGUCUUGAGCUUAAUGAUAAAUAUCAUCCUCAUGUUAGUGUUGACCUUGCUGAUUUCUACCAUCCUAAAUAUGUGCUUUAUAGCUAUGCUUAUGUAAUUGGAUACUCGAUUGAUGACUUGGAGGGUAUUAUCCCUACCGCUUGCAUCGUCUCUUUUGUGGAGUGUUCUUUCAGGUUUUUGCUUCUGCAUCGUUCACUUCAUGCUGAUCAGGUUCGAGGUGACAUUCCUUGGGACCCUGGUGGACUCAGAGCAUGGGGAUGAGGAGAAGCAAGGGGGCACACACGAAGAAGAGUGAAGCUGGAGCAUCCAUGAGGAAGCAAAAGGAAGAGCUGCAGUUCAGAGAGUGAUUGUGCGAGACCUACAUCAUAUAAGCUCGAAAAGUGUGACAAGGCACAAAAUCCUUCUACUACAAAUGAUCAAGUGAUGGAGUCAAGGUCCCGAGCGAGAAGAAAAGAAGUUACCAGGGGCUAGCUAAAGAAGAGAAGGGAUCUUCUUGUGAAGAAAGAAGAAAGCAGGAGGGUCAAUGUGAAAAUGUCCAGAUCAGCCGUGAGGGGAUCAAAAUCCCUAGCACGCCUCCAUUCCCCAUCGGGCCUGGCAUCGCUCUCUUUCCCUCACCCUCCUUCUCCACCUCCGGCCGCCGCCACGGUUAGGCCGGCGUGGUGGUGCACCUCCCGCCUCAUCACCCAUCUCCAUCCACCACUCCACCAUCACCCUGCACCACCAGCACCCCCACCAUCAUUCCGCGCCAUCCAUCCACCAUCUCCAGCCACCGCCGCAUCUGGCGCGACCCACCAAACUGCCCGUCUGGUGUCCCGCGCGAGCACGCCAUCCACCACUUCCACUCCUCCCUCUCUGUUGUUGCUGCUCCUUCCUCUGCUCUCUGCCUGCUGGUGCUUCUUCCCCUUCCCUUGCCCCAACCUGCUGCUUCUUCUUCUCCACGAACCUGCUGCUCUUCUUCUUCUCUCAACGCUCCUGCUGCUCCUUCUCUUUGCGCCUCCUUGCUGAUGCCCUUCUCUGAACCUGCUGCUGCUACUGCGCCUUGCUGCUCUUCUACUACCCUCGCUGCUGCUUCUUCUCUCAACCUGCUACUGCCCCCUGCUACUCUUCUCUCUGUACUCUUGCUGUUGCGCCUCUAUCCUCUUCUUCCUCAAAUCCUGCUGCUGCUCCUUUCUCCCUAAUUCCCUUCUUCUCCCUUCCUUGCUGCUGUUCCUUUCUGAAGAAAACGACCCUGCUGUUCUUCUAUGAAUCCCCAACUCGCUCCUGCAGUUUCUAUCUCUUUCUCUCUCUGUAAUUCACAGGAGUUAGUACUGUAUAAUAUAGUGAUUUGUUCAAUUUCAGACUUGGUGUUUGUAGUGUUAUAUUGGUGAUCUGUGAGCUGAACCGUGCAUGUCUCAUUGAGAGGAAAAUACAGGAAAAUGUAUACUGGGUUCAAAAAUAUAGAAGUGUCGUGCAUGGUUA